ACAACUACAGCACCGACAACAACUGCAGAACCAACAACAAUAGCCCCAACUACAACUGCAGCACCCACUACAACUGCAGCCCCAACUACAACCACAUCGCCCACAACAACUGCAGCCCCAACUACAACUGCAGCACCCACAACAACCACAGCACCAACAACCACUGCCCCACCAACAACCACAGUCCCAACUACAACUACCGCACCGACAACAACUGCAGCACCUACUACAACUGCAGCCCCAACUACAACCACAUCUCCCACUACAACUGCAACCCCAACUACAACUACAUCGCCCACUACAACUGCAGCCCCAACUACAACUGCAGCACCCACUACAACUGCAGCCCCAACUACAACCACAUCGCCCACUACAACUGCAGCCCCAACUACAACUACAGCACCUACAACAACCAUAGCACCCACAACAACCACAGCACCAACAACAACCAAAGCCCCAACUACAACUACAGCACCGACAACAACUGCAGCACCUACUACAACCACAUCGCCCACUACAACUGCAGCCCCAACUACAACUGCAGCACCCACUACAACUGCAGCCCCAACUACAACUACAACCACAUCGCCCACUACAACUGCAGCACCCACUACAACUGCAGCC